AUGAAUUAUCACCAUCCUAGUUUCCUGCUUCAAUCCACAGCAUAUCUUUUUCUACAUAUCCCUUCUGUUGUGAAUCCACUAGGAUUCAAUCCGGCAUCGUUAUUCCGAAAUCCCGACAUCAUGUCUCGCGAGGAAGCCAGGUUUAAUCUGGAUAUCUCCAGCGACACGGCGAAACAAGUUCAGGAACGUGGAAGAGAUUCUCAAAAAUCACGUGGAGUACUUCCCAGUAGUGGAAACCUUGACGAGAUGAAGCUCGCUGGUCCCGUUGAGGAGGAGUUGAUGACCAAGGCUGGGAGAGAGUCUCAGAAGAGAAAGGAGGAGAAAAAGUAG